CCGUGCGAAGCUGUUGCUGCAGGCGCGCGUCGAACACCGACACCCGAGGCAUGACGGUGUUUCGUGGCGACGGCCUCCCAUAUCCUAGUGUACCGCAGACAGUGUCCGCUCGGAGCAGUCGUCGAGGUCGCUGCCUGGGCGUACAUGUGCAGGCACUCAUCCAGGUCAUUCACGUCUCCUCGCGAUUCAUACCUCGCGUAUACGGUUGCGGUGUAUGAGCACUCGCCUAUUUACAACGUUGUCUCGCGACAAUGUUACUGGUAUGCGGCCGUCAUCUACGACGUCUUCUGCGCCCGCCUCGGUGGCAGAUCAGUUGAUCACGCACUCCGUGACCCUCUCCGUGCCGGGCGCUUCCUCACAAUUUUCACCAUCCAGCCCAAAGACCCACCACUGGACUACAUUCUGCCACGUUACAAUCACCAUUUCACGAAAGUUGUGGAAAAGGCGAGGACUGGUCCUAAUAAUGCGAGGUUACAGGCAGCGGAAGCACGGGCGAGGGAGGAGGCAGCGGCGAGGGCACAGGCCGACGCGAGGGCAAGGGAGGAGGCAGCGGCGAGGGCACAGGCCGACGCGAGGGCAAGGAGGUUAGAGGAUGAGGUUGCCUUCCUCCGACAGCAGCUGGCGGCGCAGGGCUAUGCUGGCCCAUCCAAUAGGGCAGUGUAGACUUUGUUUUGUUUCCUAUAUCUGUUCCGCGUCUGUUUUGGUUUGAGUGCUUUCGAUGCUUUCGGUGCUUUCAGUACAUGUACCCGUUCUGUACGCAUAGUCUUUCUCUCAUAACAUGCGAUGUUUUCCGCGGUCCC